AGUAUCUUCUUCAGCUGAAGAGGUUGAUGGCAGUAAUUACGAUGUCUAUCCGGAUAUCACAUAUGAAUGGUGGAACCCAAAUAUGGAUAUUAACGCAAAAACCUACCUGGAUGCAUGGGAUGUAUUAGAAUAAAUUACCGCUGAUUUGCUCUCGAAAAAUCAACAGCCCACUUUACGAAUGAGGUCCGAGACACCCAUAAGAGAGGAGGACUGAGCAGGCCCCUCGCCAGCACGGCUCUCCUCUGGAGAAGCCCAGGUGCAACAGCAGCAGGGGCAGCUUUUCCCCAUCCAACUCCCUAGGACCCAGAAGUCCUAAACUCCACAUUUCCUGUCUUAGUGGGUCCCCGCGAGCAUUCAAAACUGUUUCUCCAACGCUUCUACCAAAAACUCAGACUGUUUUCCAGAGCAGAAGCAGCGGUUGGGCCCAGCUGCUCCUCCUCCCAAGGGGAAGCCAUGGGGAGCGUGCGAACCCACCGCUACAGCAUUGUCUCCUCCGAGGAAGACGGCAUGAAGCUGGCCGCCAUCGCCGCCGUGCCGAACGGCUACGCCAACGGCACGGUGGCCAAGGUUCACGCGGCGCAGCAGCAGGCUGUGAGCCGCUUCGUCCAGAAGGACGGCCACUGCAACGUGCAGUUCAUCAACAUGAGCGAGAAGGGCCAGCGUUACCUUGCCGACCUGUUCACCACCUGUGUGGACAUCCGCUGGCGCUGGAUGUUGAUCAUCUUCUGCCUGUCCUUCCUCCUCUCCUGGCUCUUCUUCGGCUUCGUCUUCUGGCUGGUAGCGCUCUCCUACGGUGACCUGGAGAACGAGACGCAGAUGUGCGUGUCUAACGUCAACAGCUUCACCGCCGCCUUCCUCUUCUCCGUGGAGACGCAGACCACCAUUGGCUACGGGUACCGCUACGUCACCGAGGAGUGUCCCGUGGCCGUCUUCAUGGUGGUCUUCCAGAGCAUCUUCGGCUGCAUCAUCGACGCCUUCAUCAUUGGCGCCGUCAUGGCUAAGAUGGCCAAGCCCAAGAAGAGGAACGAGACACUGAUCUUCAGCCACUACGCUACGGUGGCCAUGCGGGACAGCAAGCUGUGCCUGAUGUGGCGCGUGGGGAACCUGCGCAAGAGCCACCUGGUGGAGGCCCACGUGCGCGCCCACCUCCUCAGGUCGCGAACCACGGCCGAAGGCGAGUAUAUCCCCCUGGACCAGAUGGACAUCGACGUGGGCUUCGACAGCGGCGUCGACCGCGUCUUCCUGGUGUCGCCCAUCACCAUUGUCCAUGAGAUCGACGAGGACAGCCCCUUGUAUGAGAUGAGCAAACAGGAGCUGGAAACGUCCCAGUUUGAGAUGGUGGUGAUCCUGGAAGGUAUGGUGGAAGCCACGGCCAUGACCACCCAGUGCCGCAGCUCCUACGUGGCCAGCGAGGUUCUCUGGGGCCACCGCUUCGAGCCAGUCCUGUUCGAGGAGAAUAACUACUACAAGGUGGAUUACUCGCGCUUCGAGAAAACCUACGAGGUGAGCAGCACGCCCCAGUGUAGUGCCAGGGACCUGGCCGAGAAGAAGUCUCUGGUCUCUUGCUCCAACUCCUUCUGUUACGAGAACGAGGUGGCCCUUGAAAAAGUGGAGAUGGAGGAGACGUUUGACGAGGAGAAAGAGGAGGAUGGGGAGGAGAAGGAGGAGGUAAAAAUGGAGGAUCAGGGUGCUAUUGAGAAUGGCAUUGAGAACGCAACGCUGGAGGAGACAAACACAGACACAGUCUCUGUACACUCUGAACACAAUCAGGAUACCAGGAGUCUGACGAUGCCUUCAGAAGCAAGGCCUCUAAGACGAGAAUCAGAAAUAUGACUGCAGAGAUGUUAGGGGGGAAAUACUACAUGAAAUACUAUUAUGAUAGGUUUGACCUUUGCUCCUAACGGCUGUCUGUACUACUGCAGGAUGGCUUGACUGUGAGGUGAGUGUCAUUUUCUGAGGAAGACACUCAGGCACAAGCGAAUACAGAAUUAACAGACCAGAGAAAAUGAUGCAAUAUUAUUUAUUCUCUUUACACAAGUCCCUCAUCUGGUGGGAAGCGGUGGUAGAUUGACUGAGAGGAGUUGAUGGCUCUUCUGGCCCGUGGCACUAUAGGAAUGAGACGGGUUAGGUAGCAUUUUAUACAGUGUGUGUGUGUGUGUGUGUGUGUGUGUGUGUGUGUGUGUGUGUGUGUGUGUGUGUGUGUGUGUGUGUGUGUGUGUGUGUGUGUGUGUGUGUGUGUGUGUGUGUGUGUGUGUGUGCGUGCGUGCGUGCGUAAGCCUUUGAAAGUUGCAAGAGAACAUUGGAAAGUUGUCACAUUGAGACACUCCACACGAAAAAAAUAUAUAUACCUAUACUUUAGAAGUAUUACUAUAUUUAUAUACUAUAGUAUUUACUGUAGUGUUUUUGUGGAUCUGUCUGUAGUAUACUGUAGUAUUUUCUGUAGUGUUUUUGCAGACAUUACUCUAGUAUAAUGUAGUAUUUACUAUAGCGUUUUUCUAGACAUUACUGUAUUAUACUGUAGUAUUUACUAUAGUGUUUUUGCAGACAUUCCUGUAGUAUUUACUAUAGUGUUUUUGCAGACAUUACUGUAGUAUACUGUAAUUUUUACUGUAUCGUUUUGCAGACAUUACUGUAGUAUACAGUAUAGUAUUUACUAUAGUAUUUUGGUUUUAUUCUCUUUUGUUAUCUGUCUGUGGCACAAAUUGGGGCGUGGGGGAAGGGAAUGUGCAGGACAUAUGCAAAUGCAUAUAUUAGCAUACCAAUACAAUGUGUACUGUAGUAUUCUACAGUAUUCAAAAAAGUAUAUAGUAAGCACUAAAUCAGGGUUCCCCAAUUAGUGGCCCUCAGGCCGAAUUUAUUUGGCCCCCCAAGUUUUCAUUAUUUAUCGUUUUCAUUGUUGGACAUAAAAGACUGUGAAAACACCAGGAAAUCUGUUGCCAACUAUUCCCACGCGUAAUAGAUAUGUGAUCUUAUACAAAUAUAAGCAAAGUUUGAAAUUGUUCUGUUUUAGUCAAAUAUUAUAUAUUUUUGGUGCUUCUUGCAACCAAUUUGCAAAUGAUUUGUAAUUAUGUUCCUGGCCCCCCGACUACCUGCUCAAGAAAAAAUCAGCCCGCAGCUGAAUCUAGUUUAUGAUCCUUGCACUACAUGAUCGAGGGAUACUACAGUGUGGAGUGCAGUAUUCUACAGUAUACUACAGUUUGCUACAGUUUAAUCGCUGUAAAUGCAACAACCAAAGAGAUGUUUCUAUUUGCAUAUUUUGUAAAUAUGAGCUGCCCCGAUAUUUUGAAUUAGCUUAGUGAAUUAGCUUAGUGUUGUUUACUUGGACUAAUUAAGGGUGGCUGGAGAGGGAUAGUGUUCGUAGCAGGGAAGGAGUGUUGUAUUCCCAAACAACCAGCCUCUCCUAUUGUGUUCUCAACUUUCCAAAUAGCUGUGGAAAUAUAGGAAAUGUAUGUUAUCCAGAACAAAGGGAAGAGAUCAUUUUUUGUGUAAAAGAUUGUGUCAGUUAGAUUUCAAGAGAUGUAGCUACAGCAUGUAGUUAUUUUCUUCAUUUUACUGUUGCACAGUUUGACAAUCUAAAAUUAUACACAGCUUAAUCUCUGUACAAAAAGGAUAUUUAAUUUUUCACCCUUUGAAAAUAAUCUUUGAAGAUUACAUGUAAUACCACUAAUUUGGCCACAGUUUUCCAACAGGUAGUCUUCCUCCAUGAAAACAACCCCCAUCUAUGGUGUGUGUGUGUGUGUGUGUGUGUGUGUGUGUGUGUGUGUGUGUGUGUGUGUGUGUGUGUGUGUGUGUGUGUGUGUGUGUGUGUGUGUGUGUGUGUGGCGUGCAUCUGUGCAUGUGUGUAUCUAGCGCUGCAUAGCUCAUAUUAGUGUGGUACUGUACAUUAUGCUUCAGUCAAUCUUCUUGUUGUCUUAGUACAGAUGUAGGAUCUUAAUUUGACCGGUAUUGUCUCAGCAAAAUAAUCCUGCAGCAACCAGAUUUGAGCAUUUAGUCUUUUUCACCAAUGUAAUGUUGCUUGAUCAGUGGUUAGGCUAUUAGCUGGCCAAAGUUAGGCUACAUGAAAAGUGCAAUACUGAUAAUAUGUUAGUGUGGGUUUUCAGUGAAUGUAUGUAAAUCGCCAAGCUCAUCUGCGUUACUCCAGCGCAGUAAUAUUUUCAGUGGCAACAGAGUGGUCAAAUUAAGAUACUACAUAUUUAUAGCAUCUUUUGCAACGUGAGCCUUAACUCAAGUCUCAGUAACAUGAGCCAUCACUUGAGAUUUGGCUUUAAAACAGCUCACAGUGCAAGAGGUGUCAUAUAAACCAGCAGGAAGAUACAUCUCAACGGUCCAGGGAUGUCUAGUACAGGGGUUCCCAAACCUUUUUGGCCCACGACCCCAUUUUGAUAUUUUGGCCCACAACCCCAUUUAGAUAUUUUGGCCCACAACCCCACCAUGUGAAAAAGGUGAUGUAAUCAGCGGCCAAUGUUUACUUUUUAAAUUUGGGCUAUGACAGUCUAUUACAAACCAGUCUGACAGGACUUUUGAAGGCAGUAUAGUUUGAAGUGACUGAAAUGCAUCAUAAAGAUAUUGGGAAGUUCAGAAGAUCAUCAGGCAAUAAUUCUGUAUGAUCUUCUGUGUAGAAAAGAACAUUUCAUUGAAGAUGUUCUUUUCACCCAGUCUGAUUUAGUGCCUGGUCUUGUCGUCAUGAGUCCUGCGCUGAUUUUGGUCAGAAGGAAACAUAAGACACAUACAGGAUGUGCUCCUGAGUGUCUUAUCUCUCAGUGACGGGGUCAUAAUAUUCUGUAGCUUCAACUUUUAAAAAGAUAGAGCCUCAUUUGUAGGAAGAAAACACAAACCGCUCUGCUUAUUACAGCCGCAUCUAGCACCAAACGGAGGUUACUGACCUAACCCCGGUUCUAUGAACCAAGCGCGAUUUAGUUAAUUUAAUUUCAGUUUCUCUCAUGACCCCAUUUUAAAAUCAGGCAACCACACAUGAAGUAGCAAUCCCUACUUAGGUAAACGCUGACCUAGGAUGAGAUGAAGAAGGAUAAGACAGUGAUUUCAUUCAACGGAACUCCCACUGAAUAGAUGUGUUAAAUAGGUCAAUUGAACUGGACCAAAACAAUGGAAUUGCCAUGGAAAUGCGUGGGGGAAGAGCCGUGGGGGAAAGCUCCUGAGUCUCCUCAUUGCCCCCCAGCAAAAUGUGCCUACAUUAAGGCAAUAUUU